AUGGACCAGAAGAAGAACCUCCCCUGCCCUCGACCUGGCUUGCUGCUCUCCCUCGCAAGCAGCAUGUCCUCAGCAGCCUGUGUUUCAGAGAACCCAAGGCAAAGCCCUUUCACGCCAGGACGCUACCCAGACAUACCCAUGUCUCCAACUGCCCUCUCUAAAGGCGACACACUGAGUUGCCAGGAUGGGCUCUUCACUAAACUUGCUAGCCAAUCGGCGGAGUCCUCCAGCAUGACAUCAGGGUCAUGUGACCUGAGCAGGCAGAUCGUGUCCCAGUUGGAGUGCUACCUGUCCAAUGAACACCUGGCAGAGGAUGGCUUCCUGCUCAAACACGUCCAGAGGAAUAGGAUGGGAUACGUCAGCCUCAAGCUGCUCACCUCCUUCAAAAAGAUGAAGGAGCUGACGAGAGACUGGCGCACCACCCUGGCCGCAGCGCUGUGCUCUGAUUCGCUGGAGGUCAACAGGGAAGGGACCAAAGUGAGGCGCAGAGAGCCUCUGCCUGAUUGGCUGUUGAGUGCCCCUAACAGCAAGCUGCUACUAGCCUGGAACCUGUUUGGGGAAAACACAGGAAGUGACAUCUCUACCCUCAGCAGCUUGGACCAACAGGUAGUCCUAGAGAAAGCUCUGAAGCUGUUCAGUGCCCAUGCUGCCGUGGCCUCGCUGCGUAUCCUCCGUCCUGGGAAAGAGCUUCCUGUGGAGCUGAGACGCCAUGCCAGGAGGCAUGCCGAGCUGGGCCGCAGGACGUGUGCUGUGGUGGAGUUUGAGACCCUGGAGGGGGCCAGGUUGGCCUACCGAGCACUGCAGAGAGGAGGAGCAGAGGGGGCCGUGGUUUGUGUCGCCAGCCUGGGCAGCCCUGGCACGCGCUCACCCCCCUCCUCCUCGUCCCACCCCACCAACCGGCAGGCGGAGAAGGAGGGUGAGGAGGACCCCAAGCCAGAUGGAGGCCCCGAGGUGACUAAGGUGUCCCAGAAAAAUCCCAAGGUGAAAUCGAGAUGUUUCACCAACAGCUCCCUGAAGGAUCCGGUCCCGUCUAGAUGUUUCAUAAACGACUCUAUGAAGCAUCCGGAACUACUGAAGAGCUUAGAGUCUGACCCUGCCCAGGCCACAGUCCCAACCCUGGGUUCAGCCCCAGCCAGGCUUUCAUGCAGAAGGAUCCAGCGCCAUAAGUCCCUGGACAGCCCCCUGGGCCAGGAGGGUCAUUGCCAAACAUCACAAAGGGAUAGGCCCUCCUCCUCGGACAGCCAUGCGUCCCGCGUCCCCCUGGUCCUGUCUAAGCUCCGGGACUUAAGGUCUGGAGGUGUGGGAAGGAGCAGGUGCUCUGGGGACAAUGUACAGGAGAAGGUGGCCUGCCCCUGGGUGCAGCGCCAGAAGGUGGCUACUAGCGCGGCCCUACUCCACCCGGAAACCCCGGGCAAGCUGCGGAGACAGACUCUGCCCCUGAGGGUGGUGCGUCUGCCCCAAGGACCCUACGGGACCAAGGGCUUCUAUGGAGGCAGGGGAAGAGGGAAGCUAACUCAGCAGCAGUAA